AUGAAGGAAUCAAAUAUUGGUCGUAUUGCAUUUGGUAUUACUGUUGCUUUAACAAUGAUCUUUACACUCAUUUCUCUUCUUACACCAGCCUGGAGAACAUUUGAAAAAAAGCCUGAAACAUUUAGUGAAGGUCCAGCUAUACCAGCAUCUAUUGGUCUUUUUCGCUAUCAAUGUUUUGGUGAUUUACAAAAAGAAGGUGAUAAGAUCAGUAAAGAACACGGGCCAGAUAUCGAUUUUUGUAAUUACAUCUUUGAUGUUAGUUUGUUAAUUUGA